CGUCGUGGGGCUGGGGGGGUCCUCCCAGGUCUGCGGAGGCGCAUGAACAAUAGGCGGCGGCGGCUCCUGCGGGCAGCGGCGGCCCCGCACCCUAUGGAUCGGCCGCUCCAUGGAGCCCUCCAGAGCGCUUCUCGGCUGCCUAGCGAGCGCCGCCGCUGCCGCCCCGCCGGGGGAGGAUGGAGCAGGGGCCGGGGCCGAGGAGGAGGAGGAGGAGGAGGAGGAGGCGGCGGCGGCGGCGGCGAGCCCCGGGGAGCUGGGCUGCGACGCGCCGCUGCCCUACUGGACUGCCGUGUUCGAGUACGAGGCGGCGGGCGAGGACGAGCUGACUCUGCGGCUGGGCGACGUGGUGGAGGUGCUGUCCAAGGACUCGCAGGUGUCCGGCGACGAGGGAUGGUGGACCGGGCAGCUGAACCAGCGGGUGGGCAUCUUCCCCAGCAACUACGUGACCCCGCGCAGCGCCUUCUCCAGCCGCUGCCAGCCCGGCGGCGAGGACCCCAGCUGCUACCCGCCCAUUCAGUUGUUAGAAAUUGAUUUUGCGGAGCUAACCUUGGAAGAGAUUAUUGGCAUCGGGGGCUUUGGGAAGGUCUAUCGUGCUUUCUGGAUAGGGGAUGAGGUUGCUGUGAAAGCAGCUCGCCAUGACCCCGAUGAGGACAUCAGCCAGACUAUAGAGAAUGUUCGCCAAGAGGCCAAACUCUUCACCAUGCUGAAGCACCCCAACAUCAUUGCCCUAAGAGGGGUAUGUCUGAAGGAGCCCAACCUCUGCUUGGUCAUGGAGUUUGCUCGUGGAGGACCUUUGAAUAGAGUGUUAUCUGGGAAAAGGAUUCCCCCAGACAUCCUGGUGAACUGGGCUGUGCAGAUUGCCAGAGGGAUGAACUACUUACAUGAUGAGGCAAUUGUCCCCAUCAUCCACCGCGACCUUAAGUCCAGCAACAUAUUGAUCCUCCAGAAGGUGGAGAAUGGAGACCUGAGCAACAAGAUUCUGAAGAUCACUGAUUUUGGCCUGGCUCGGGAAUGGCACCGAACCACCAAGAUGAGUGCAGCAGGGACGUAUGCUUGGAUGGCACCCGAAGUCAUCCGGGCCUCCAUGUUUUCCAAAGGCAGUGACGUGUGGAGCUACGGGGUGCUACUUUGGGAGUUGCUGACUGGUGAGGUGCCCUUUCGAGGCAUUGAUGGCUUAGCGGUCGCUUAUGGAGUGGCCAUGAACAAACUCGCCCUUCCUAUUCCUUCUACAUGCCCAGAGCCUUUUGCCAAACUCAUGGAAGACUGCUGGAAUCCUGAUCCCCACUCACGACCAUCUUUCACGAAUAUCCUGGACCAGCUAACCACCAUAGAGGAGUCUGGUUUCUUUGAAAUGCCCAAGGACUCCUUCCACUGCCUGCAGGAUGACUGGAAACACGAGAUUCAGGAGAUGUUUGACCAACUCAGGGCCAAAGAGAAGGAACUUCGCACUUGGGAGGAGGAGCUGACGCGGGCUGCGCUGCAGCAGAAGAACCAGGAGGAACUGCUGCGGCGUCGGGAGCAGGAGCUGGCCGAGCGGGAGAUUGACAUCCUGGAACGGGAGCUCAACAUCAUCAUCCACCAGCUGUGCCAGGAGAAGCCCCGGGUGAAGAAACGCAAGGGCAAGUUCAGGAAGAGCCGGCUGAAGCUCAAGGACGGCAACCGCAUCAGCCUCCCUUCCGAUUUCCAGCACAAGUUCACGGUGCAGGCCUCCCCCACCAUGGAUAAAAGGAAGAGUCUUAUCAACAGCCGCUCAAGUCCUCCUGCAAGCCCCACCAUCAUUCCUCGUCUUCGAGCCAUCCAGUUGACACCAGGUGAAAGCAGCAAAACUUGGGGCAGGAGCUCAGUCGUCCCAAAGGAGGAAGGGGAGGAGGAGGAGAAGAGGGCCCCAAAGAAGAAGGGGCGGACGUGGGGGCCAGGGACGCUUGGUCAGAAGGAGCUUGCCUCGGGAGAUGAAGGAUCCCCUCAGAGACGUGAGAAAGCUAAUGGUUUAAGUACCCCGUCAGAAUCUCCACAUUUCCACUUGGGCCUCAAGUCCCUGGUAGAUGGAUAUAAGCAGUGGUCGUCCAGUGCCCCCAACCUGGUGAAGGGCCCGAGGAGUAGCCCGGCCCUGCCAGGGUUCACCAGCCUUAUGGAGAUGGAGGAUGAGGACAGUGAAGGCCCAGGGAGUGGAGAGAGUCGCCUACAGCAUUCACCCAGCCAGUCCUACCUCUGUAUCCCAUUCCCUCGUGGAGAGGAUGGGGAUGGCCCCUCCAGUGAUGGAAUCCACGAGGAGCCCACCCCAGUCAACUCGACCACCAGUACCCCUCAGCUGACGCCAACCAACAGCCUCAAGCGGGGCAGUGCUCACCACCGCCGCUGCGAGGUGGCUCUACUCGGCUGUGGGGCUGUUCUGGCAGCCACAGGCCUAGGGUUUGACUUGCUGGAAGCUGGCAAGUGCCAGCUGCUUCCCCUGGAGGAGCCUGAGCCACCAGCUCGGGAGGAGAAGAAAAGACGGGAGGGUCUUUUUCAGAGGUCCAGCCGUCCUCGUCGGAGUACCAGCCCCCCAUCCCGGAAGCUCUUCAAGAAGGAAGAGCCCAUGCUCUUGCUAGGAGACCCCUCUGCCUCCCUGACACUGCUGUCUCUCUCCUCCAUCUCCGAGUGCAACUCCACACGCUCCCUGCUGCGCUCUGACAGCGAUGAAAUUGUCGUGUACGAGAUGCCAGUCAGCCCAGUUGAGGCCCCUCCCCUGACCCCUUGUACCCACAACCCCCUGGUCAAUGUCCGAGUGGAGCGCUUCAAACGAGAUCCUAACCAAUCUCUGACUCCCACCCACGUCACCCUCACCGCCCCCUCGCAGCCCAGCAGUCACCGGCGGACUCCUUCUGAUGGGGCCCUUAAGCCAGAGACUCUCCUAGCCAGCAGGAGCCCCUCCAGCAAUGGGUUGAGCCCCGGUCCUGGAGCAGGAAUGUUGAAAACCCCCAGUCCCAGCCGAGACCCAGGUGAAUUCCCCCGUCUCCCUGACCCCAAUGUGGUCUUCCCCCCAACCCCAAGGCGCUGGAACACUCAGCAGGACUCUACCUUGGAGAGACCCAAGACCCUGGAGUUUCUGCCUCGGCCGCGUCCUUCUGCCAACCGGCAACGACUGGACCCUUGGUGGUUUGUGUCCCCCAGCCAUGCCCGCAGCACCUCCCCAGCCAACAGCUCUAGCACAGAGACGCCCAGCAACCUGGACUCCUGCUUUGCUAGCAGUAGCAGCACUGUAGAGGAGCGGCCUGGACUUCCAGCCCUGCUCCCGUUCCAGGCGGGGCCACUGCCCCCCACCGAGCGGACGCUCCUGGACCUGGACGCAGAGGGGCAGAGUCAGGACAGCACCGUGCCGCUGUGCAGAGCGGAACUGAACACGCACAGGCCUGCCCCUUAUGAGAUCCAGCAGGAGUUCUGGUCUUAGCAUGAAAAGGAUUGAGGCGGGCAAGGGGGACAGCUGGCAGAGAUGAGGGGAGCUGGCGGGCACAACCCUUUCUCAGAGUUGGACCCCCUGAGAUCCAGCCCUACUUCUUGCACUGAUAAUGCACUUUGAAGAUGGAAGGGAUGGAAACAGGGCCACUUCAGAGGGUCUCCUGCCCUGCAGGGCCUUUCUACUCAUGUCCACUGGAAGGGCUGUGGCCAUUAGCUCUGGCUGUAUAGGGGAGGGAGGGGUGCAUGCAUGUCCCCCACCCUCCACAGUCUUCCUUGCCUUUAGAGUGACCCUGCAGAGUCACUCAGCCAAAUCUGUGUGCUGCUCCCUCUCCUCAGCCAAUUGGGUGUGCGCAGAGCUGUCGUGGGGUCCCUUUGUCAGCCCCGAGUUCAGCUUCCCAAACACCGGUAUUGGAUAUUCUGUGAUUGAUUUGACUCCUCCUCCACUGUACCCCAACACCCAGGAAUGGGAAUCUGGCUUGGUUCGAGAUAGGAGCUUUUCUGUGUCCUAAGCCCUUUCAUGCUAGCAGGAAGACUGAAAGCAAGGUGGCCCAGCGUGGGGUCAUAGGGCUUGAUAGACCUGGCACUACCUAUCUGCGCUUCCAGGUGCCCCACCUAUUUAUUUGAGCCCACAGGUGGAAAGGGGAACUGCCUCAGUGAGAACAGGGGGACGGGGGUGUUAGGAAAAAUAUAGUAAAGUUGCAGUGAAGAGGUUCAUGAAGUAUGUCCUUGUUCUUUUUGGAAACUCUCGGCAAAGGGCAAACCAGCAACUGUUGAGAGUACCCAUCUAGCUGCUUGGGGUCAGGACCUCAUCAGACCAGGUUCGGAUAUAAUCAUAUGCUCAUCCCAGGGAUAGUUUCUUGGGGGACUCACUCACUGGUGCCAGUUCUAAGUCAGAAACAAAAUUCCACUGUCUUUUCCUUUUGUUGUCUAAACUUUGUGUGUUACUCCCUUCAUUUGGUCUUCACUCUAAUCCCUGGAGUCUGUGGGCUUUCGGUUAUGUUUAGUUAGUAGAUAUCACUGCAAUGCCCUAGAACAGCAUAUGAAGCAGAAGCAGAAUACCAUAUGGCCACCUAAACACUGGGACUUGGGAAUUCACUCUCAACUGGGCCAUCCAUGUUGUGAUGCCCUUGAAGUAAAAUGGAGCCAGCAGGAGUACCUUCUGUAAAUGCAUGUGGCAAAGUGCUAUUUAUAGGGUGCCCAGGGAGCCCCUGAUGUACAAGAACCUUUAGGUUCCCCAUACUGGAAACUGACCAAGACCUGUGCACAGGUAGCCCCUCAUGCUGGGCUCUGGACCAUGAGCAGAGUAGGAAGGAUAGCAGAGGCCAACCCUGACCUUUCUGGAAGUUAUUUCCUUAACUUGAAUAUUGAGCUUCCUCUAAAGCUUUCUCAUGUAUGUCUUCUCCAUGCCACUACUCUGUGGCCUCCUGUGUUAUGUGUGAACAGUUGUUUUUAUGUGGGAAUGACGACUUGAUUGGGAGUAGAGUCUCGAGGUCAUUCCCCUCUUCCCUCGAGACUCUCUGAAUGCUGCUCCACUGUCUUUUGUCUUGGAGGUCACUCAGCAGGUUCCUUGCAUUUGCUGCCUGGAUGUGCAGCUGGCAACAGUGAUGAGUUGGUCACUGCUCUUUCUCCAUAACUAGGAUAGAUGUCCUGCCUUGGUGAUCACUAAAGGGGUGACCUUGGUUUUCAAAUUGUUCCUUGCUUUAUGAGCCCAUUAGCACUGUGGUUCAAGGGGCCCACCAAGUCUUGGACAGGAAGGCGCUACUGGUUUUAUUGUCCAAGAUUUUGUUAUUGUUUCUCUUCUGUGUCCUUCCCUUUGUUCAGUGAAGCCAGUAUGUAAGAUACUGUUUUUGUCCCUAUUCCCCUACUCCUGGGCUAGGAGGAAGAAAUGUGAAUCUUACCAGCAGUUCCAGGCAACCAAAUGAUUGUUCUUCAUUCUUGACGGGGAGAAGUACAUACAAAGUCUGUUCUGACCGGGCGCGGUGGCUCACGCCUGUAAUCCCAGCACUUUGGGAGGCAGAGGCGGGUGGAUCACCUGAGGUCAGGAGUUUGAGACCAGUCUGAUCAACAUGGAGAUACCCCGUCUCUACUAAAAAUACAAAAAAAAAUUACCCAAGCGUGAUGGUACAUGCCUGUAAUCCCAGCUACUCGGUAGGCUGAGGCAGGAGAAUCGCUUGAACCUGGGAGGCGGAGGUUGCAGUGAGCCAAGAUCGCGCCAUUGCACUCCAGCCUGGGCAACAAGAGCGAAACUCCAUCUCAAAAAAAAAGUCUCUUCUGUGCCUUCCUUCCCCCAAGCCCUCCAUUAUCUCAGGCUAAGCCAUGAACACAUCUGUAUAUCCUUGGCUUCACUAAAUGGCACUCUUACGGCCCUCCAGACCAUGCUGCCUGUACACAAUGCUCUGUGGUAUGAGGCAGAGAUUUUUCCUUUGCUCAUUUUUAACUUUUGCAAUUGUGUUAGGUUGCAGCCGUCUUUCUAGAUGUAUGUAGUGUAUGAUGUAGUGUAAACUGAAUGAUGGUCACCUGCCAUUGAGUGACAGGUUGAAUACCAUCCUUACUUGUCUACUGUGGGGAAAGAUAAAGGAAGGCUGGGUCUUUGCUGAGGAAAUAAUUGUACCUGAAAGAUGCCAAAAGCAGGGUUAUCUAAAGGUGCUACUGUGAGCAUCCAUGAAAAAGGAACAGUUACCAUCUCUCAACUCCUACACACCUGGUCUCUGAUGGGUCCUGACUGCUGCACUCUCUCUGUGGGGCAAGGCUGGAGAUGGGCUAAGGAUCUGUAUUGUAGUAGCAGCUCUCAGUGGCUUUCUCUUCACUUGGGUUCCCUUGUUCUGUGGUCCUGGUCAGGAGCAGGCCCGGAAGCUGUGAAUGAAGCCACUUGAGUGGCCGUAGCCGGCCCCCCUUUCCCCUGCCUUCCCUUUGCACAAAGACACAUUCCUUCUGCUCCUGGCAGGUGCUCAACUUCAUGGAAGAUGAUGGUAGGAACAGUUACUGUUCUCUGCCCCUGCUUCUUGGGUUCUUCAGCUCCUUCCGCUGAUUCGGAUUGUCCCUUGUUGACCCCCUUGGGAAUCCAGACUGCUGCCAGGAGGCUGAGUAGAUACCUCGGUUAUCUGUAUGUUAUUUCUGAGAGGCUUUGGCGGAUCUUCUUUACUUGGCAUCCUGUGGCAUCCCUAGGGUCUGGUGGUAACAAUAAUAGCCACAAUGAUACCUUACAUUUGGACAACUCAGAAUAGUGCUAACUUUUCCUCCUGACCUUUGCAAAAUGACAUCAUUUUCCUUGUACAUUUGAUACACUUGCUAGUAGAGAAGGGGAAAUGCUUAAAGAUGAAAAUUCAAAUGAAGAGAAAUGAAAAAGUGGCUUGGACUAAUUGCUGAGUGAUGCCACCAGGCUCAGAACUGAACAGGUUGGCCGCAUUCAUCAUUCUGCUUUUGCUAUGUGGCCAUAGGCUUGUCUCUUUAGCCUCUCUCAGAUUUCCUUCCUUUAAAAGCAAUCAUCACAUGCUUUCCUCUCAAGGGGGUUGGGUGUAUGUAUCAGAAGGUCAGUGAAGCACCGUAGCUCCUUGCCAGCUCCUUCAUCUCUACAGGAUGAAUUGCUGAAGUUGAGAGUGUGGCUCUCGUCACCUUUGCCUUGAGGGACCUUGCCUUUUCUUUCAUCCUCUGGCUUCUGGAAGAGGAGUGAUUUGGAGGUGGCUGAGCAUGACUAAUGGGAGCCCCCGUCAGGCCCAUGCCCUUCUGCCACAUUUAUGUAGCACCUGGUAUUGACAAGCAUUCUUUCCUAAUUCCCCCGCUUAACCUGUCGGACGCUGUCUGCCAAUGUCAUCCUCACCAUUUGUGUCUUACAGAGAAGGAAAUGGGAGAGGGAGGUUGGUAGCAACAUCAGAGUGACAGUUGGUUGUCUCUCAUUUCUUGGGGUCAUCAGUCUGAUUUGUUUAGAGCCUGGAAUCAUCCCAGUUCCUGGAAGAAUCUUUGGAAAAGGGUCUCCUUACCCUUGGGAUAUGUGUCAUGGUCACUAAGCCCCCUUUCCCUCAGGCUACUGUUGCUCAGGGACACAAUGAGAUACCCCUAGGACAUCUAGACCUGACUUUUCAUGAACCCUUUUGCCUCUGUGGUCCUCUCAUUAUAGUCCUCCCUCUCUCCUCCUUCUGUUGUGUGAAGGAGAUACCUCCUGAGCAAUCCUAACUCAUCCAGCUCACUUUUAACAAAGCAAAGAGCAGAGGACACUGAAGACUGGAUGGCCGUGAAUGGCACACCUUGGGGUUGAAACCAUGUUGGCAGGAACCUGGUGAUCAAAGCUGCCUACUUCCUGGGUGUGUGAAUUUGCACACAUCUUUUCCCCUCUCUGGACUUCAGAAGCCUACUGUGAACUGGGGACGAUGCCAUCACUUUCCCUCCUGAAGCCCUUCUAACUUUAAAAUGUAUGGUCCUGGAACCAUGAGUCCUGCACAGAAACUGCAGCCUUGCCAGAUCACUUCCCUUGGUACAGAAAAGUGUGCGUAUGUAUGAAAUAUAUGUACGGUUUUAUGUCAAAAACAGUCAAAUAUCAGCUGUUACAUAGGGUUCACCCUAAUGUACCUGCCUCUCUCUCUGGCUUUAGGUCUGAGAAUGACUUGUCUUUGUCAAGGUAUACUAUUAUUAGAAAGACAUUACCAAAUGCAUCUCUUCUUUCGGAUCAGCAUAUUCCUAGAUUAGGAAUUCAAAUUAAUGAAAAUUCCCAUGUGAAAGGAAAAUCCAUUGCUAUUGCUGGGCUUUUCCCUGGCAUUGCUACCUGGGUGGGCGCUCACCACUUCAGGUGCUGGUGCUGGAAGGCAGGAGGAGGAAGCUGAAAUCCUGUCGAUUAAGGCUAAUGAACAGGGCUGAGGUGCCUAAUUAGUGUGACUCAGCCCGGGACUUCUGGGUAGCUCUGCGGGCCAGGUGAGUCUCUUAUGGACUUCCUCUCAGAAUGCUGUUUCUCAUUUUGUCCUGAUGAGAUAUUGACAGUCAUGUCCACCCGCUUCCUCAUUCAUUUCCCGUCUUGGGCCCUGGAAGUACCAUGGCCUCCGUAAACUACCUAGGGAACCCUGGCUUUGCUCUUCAGCAUUUUGGGCUCACUUCAUGAUCAGAAGCCAGUAGGACUGGUCCUUCCUGAUUCUUACUGCCUGUGGUUCCCCAUCCCCUACAGGGAGCCUGCUUUGGGCCUUGAGCUGGAAAGGGAGAAGAGCCUUGGGGCCCAGCUGGUUGUGGGAGCUGAGUUUUUCCACACCACUCUUUGUUAACCCUUGGAAACAGACCCGCCUUUCCCCUAACCCAUCUUCCUACCUGUCUGGUCUGACCUGGCCUCCUAGUUUUACUAGGCUGAUUGGCAGAUGUGGACAUUAUAGGUGUCUAUCGAGAUAGGUGUCUAACUAGUUAGGUGUCUCAGGAUUGGACAGCAGAAUACAAUUCCAGGGGUGCACAGACAGGCCUCUCCUACCAGGACAUGAGGGAUAGACGUCUGGGCAUUCUGAACCUAGAGGUCAGAGUAGUCACAAGCGGAGCCUUGGGGAGCGAGGGCCCCAGGGACGUCAUCGUUCCUUGCCCUACACUCACUGAAGUCCAAGGCCAGGUUUCAGAAGUAGUAUGCUGCCCCUUCCUGAGAUCCUUCACACCUGGACACCAACCCAGACAAAACCUGACUUAAAAUUUUGAUACUGUAUUCAUCGUGGAAUUUUUCAAUAACUCUGAUUUUUAAAAAAUAUUGCAUUGGAAUAUGAUUUAGCUUGAUUACUGAGGUUCUUUGUUUUUUGGCGCCCCCUUAAAUUUUAACCCAAGGCGAGGGCCUCACUCCACUCUAGACACAGCCCUGCCUGCCCUCUGUGAGAGGGGCUUAGGUACCACUGUGAAAUACGUUUUAUGUUUUUUUUCUUGCCCUUCCCCUCAAGUCCUGAGUGAGGCAGCAGCUCUCUGGGGGGUGCUCCCGUUUAAAUAGGAGUGUGUAGACUUACAGCAAUGAAACAUCUAGGAGCUUUUAACUUUGGAUCUACACCUGGGUGUGACGUUUCCUUGGUGUUCUCUGGCUGCCUAUCUGACUCUCUGCAGCCCUGAGGGUACUUGUGUGUGUGUGUGUGUUCCCUGGAGAAGGGAAGUGAUUACGGCAGAGAGGCUCCUUUAGAUUCUCAUCUUAAACCUCUUUGGAACAUGUUUGAAUUCCAGAAGUGAAUGAACUUCAUUCAUUCUCUCCUCCAGAUUUCAGAAGGGACUGAAGUGAAUGGAGGCUUUUUCACUCCCUGGCAUGCCAAGAGCCACGAUCCCUAGCUCUGUGCCUGCCCAGUGAGUCUUCAGAAUUUGGCCAUCACAUUCUCUGCUAGUAUCAUUUCCACCACCCUCCUCAUCUUCUCUUGUCUUUAUUUCAUUCUUAUCGUUUAUCUCUACCUCCAGUUCUGAUGCCAUGCUGGCUGUGGCUCUUCAUCACCAUCAGACUGAGGUGUAGAUGUAUCCCAGCCUACUUAUGAAGACUGAUAAUACAUGAUAAUAUUUUUCCAUGUGGGGGGGCGCUGCUGUCCUAGUGAUUCACAUAUAUAUGUAAUUUUUGACUCCUUACAAUAAUUCUGGGAUGUGGGUAUUACCCCCAUCUAAGGAUGUGGAAACCAAGGCUCUGAUGACUCUAAUUUGCCCAGGGUCACACUGCUAGGAAGCCAGUUGCGAAUCUGCUGGGUUGCAAAGUCACCUGUCUUUUUCCUCUAAGCACAUUUCUAAGCCACUGCUUAGAAGCCCUUGAGAUAAAGUUGGCCUAGCUCAGGUCCACCUAGGUUUUGAUAUUGCCCUUUGCCCAAGGAGGAGUUGUGUCCUUGGCUUGCCUGUCGUCUGCCUGUGACCGGACUUGCACCCUCGCAGGUCUCAGCUGACAUCCUCGAUGCUGCUGGCUGCCUUCCUCUCCCUGUUUCUUCUCCAUGACUCCAGGGGUUUGAAGCACACGGGAACUGGACAUGUCAAUUCUGUAGCUCUUCUCCCAACACCAUUGAAGGCCGUGAGCCUCUCUCCUCUGUUUCCAGCCUGCAGGUGCCCUGUUGCUGCUCUUCAUUCCAGCUUCUCCUCACUUUUCUGUCAGUCUCUGAAGCUUGGAAGCCUUACUAUAGCUUGUGUCUCCUCCCUGGGCGCUUGAGGUCAGGCUUUUGCCUCUUUGUCGCAUUGAGCCACAUGCCCUUGAUACCCAGUUGUAGCAAAGAAGGGCGGUGAUGAACUUGCUUACUUUCUUCUCUGAUGUCCCUCCCUACGCAUCCUGCACAUUCGCCCACAGCCACUCCCUGCCGAAACCCAGAUAUGUUACAGUCUAAGGCUUUUAGAGGAUUAAGGAAAAGAGUUGGAGGUGGGUUUUACUUAGUUCACAGAAAAGCUUUCUUUGGGAUUUUUCCUCCCCCUUAGGGCUUUUAAGUCUAGGUGAAGUGAAAGUUCACGUAUGUGUUUGUUUGGUUCCUCUGUAAUUAGCUACUAGUUUUUAUUCCUAGACCUUCUCUGCUCCAAUGUCUUGUCCAUGUGUCCUGACCCCGUGUCCUUGAAUUCCCACUUUGCUUUGGGAUUUAAGUUAUUGUAUGUUGUCAACAAUAUUUAAAGAUGAAAAAGUUCUGAAGGAAACUUACCAGGUUCUUUCCUUUGGCUUUUUUUUUCUUUCAAGGUACUGUAAAUUGUUAACUAGGGAUGCCAAGCAGGCUUGGUUCAAUGGCUAAACCUCUUAUUGUAUUACAGUGUAAUGCUGAUCUCAGCCUGGUCUCAACGCCAGAGCACACAGAGACUUGAAUAAAACUGUUACAACGAUUA